CGGGCACUCAGCAAUUUCAUUACUCUUUGCGCACAAUCUGGAAAACCCCGGUACGUCACUUCCUUUGAAUCGGUGACAUGGCGGCCGGCACUCUAUACACGUACCAGGGAAACUUCAGAGCCUACAAGAUACUUGUAGCCGCUCAGUACAGUGGUGCUGACGUGAAAGUUGCAGACGGGUUUAAACUCGGAGAAACUAAUAAGACUAGCGACUUUCUAAGCAAGUUUCCACUUGGAAAGGUCCCUGCUUUCCAGUCAAAGGAUGGAUUAAGCUUGUCUGAGAGCAAUGCCAUUGCUUAUUAUGUGGGCAACCCCCAGCUGAGGGGGAGUAGUCCUGAGGCCGCCUCCCAGGUGCAGCAGUGGACCUGCUUUGCUGACAAUGAGAUCCUCCCAGCAGCAUGCACCUGGGUCUUCCCUUGUCUUGGCAUCAUACAGUACAACAAACAGGACACUGAGAGAGCCAAGGAGCAGAUCCGUACUGCCCUGGAUGUGUUGAACAAGGUGCUGCUGACACGCACAUACCUUGUGGGCGAGCGCAUCUCCCAGGCAGACAUCAGUGUAGCCUGCAACCUCAUCCAGCUCUACCAAUAUGUGUUGGAUCCUGACUUCCGCAAGUCUUAUCCAAAUGUUAAUCGUUGGUUCACUACGCUGAUCAACCAGAAGGAGUUCAAGACUGUUAUCAAGAACUUUGCACUAUGCACCAAGAUGGCUCAGUUUGAUGCCAAGAAGUAUGCAGAGCUUCAUGGAGGGCAGAAGGAAGGCAAGAAAGACAGCAAGAAGGAGAGCAAGAAGGAAGCCAAGCCAGCCCAGAAACCCAAGGAGGAAAAGCCAGCAGAGGCAGAAGAGGCACCCAGGCCUGAGAAGAAAGAUCCCUUUGCUCAGUUCCCCAAAGGGAACUUUGACUUUGAUGAGUUCAAGAGAACGUACUCCAAUGAGGAUACAGAGAAAGUUGCUUUGCCAUAUUUCUGGGACAAGUUUGAGAAGGAUAAUUAUUCCAUUUGGUAUUGUGAAUAUACCCAAGACCUGUCGUCAAAGAUGACCUUUAUGGUGUGCAAUCUUGUGUCGGGUAUGUUCCAGCGUCUUGACAAGAUGAGGAAAAAUAGUUUUGGAAGUCAGAUUAUUUUUGGUUCAGACAAGAAGAACAGCAUAUCUGGCAUCUGGUUUUGGAGAGGACCUCAGUUGGCUUUCGAGUUGAGCGAGGACUGGCAGAUCGACUACGAGUCGUAUAAGUGGACCAAGCUGGACCCUAACGAUGCCAAGACAAAGACUCUUGUGAAGGAGUACUUCACCUGGGAAGGAAACUUUGAUGGCAAGGAAUUCAACCAGGGAAAGAUCUUCAAGUGAUUGAAACAUUCACAGGAAAAUCAGUGCUGAACAAUUUUACUGUCAUCCAAAUAUGUGAUAAAGAAAAUGAAUAAACACGGUGUCAAGGGAAAA